AAUAAACUUAUUUAACAACACGCACGUUUCGUAACUUCAUCACGUGUAGGAAGUCCGCAUAUAUGUAACGCAGCGUUUGCAAAUUGAAACACUUGCGUGUACGGAAUGCACAAGAAAACAAAGAUGAAGGGAAACGUUACAGCUAUUACAUUAGCUUUCCUAUUUUCCGUUGUUUCGUUGUACAUCGACAGCAUUAAUGCAGCACUGGGACAAAAUGAUGGCAUGUUCAAAAGAACGAAAUGGUUGAAAGGACUGGAUACUUCUCAGCUAAACUAUGGAGUAGCUGUUUCAGAUGUAGAUAACGAUGGGUCUCUAGAAUGGAUCGUUGCAGGUUUUAGUGGACCUAAUUUUGUGUUGAAAUACAACGCUACAACCAAAAGUCUAGUCAAUCUUGCAAAGCAAGAUCAAAGAUUUAGUGCCAUAGGUGAUGUUGGUGGUCAAGCAAUUGGUGUUUGUGCGUGUGACAUUGAUGGAGAUGGACGAGAGGAAAUUUAUUUCCUGAAUACAAAUAAUGCAUAUGCUGGUCGUGCCGAUUAUGGAGAUUCAUUUUUCAAAUGGAGGAAUGGUAGGUACGUCAAUUUAUACUCGGAUCCAGUCAACUCCAGAAUGGAAGCCAAGAGUUUUGCUGGCCGGUCAGUAGCUUGCAUUGACAGACUUGGAACUGGAAAAUACUCUAUCAUUAUUGCAACUUAUUCUCAGGGAGGCACUGGUAACUUUGCUUUAGUCGAGAUGGAUGAAAACCAUCCGAGCAACAAUGUGAGGUCGGGAAAUAUUGUGUUAAAAAAUGUAGCAAGUGUUGCAAAUAUCAAUAAAGCCACUGGUGGAAGAGGACUUGUUGUGGGGCCUAUUUUGGGGAACAAUGGAAAAUCUGACAUCUUCUUUGGAAAUGAAGGUAACCCGUGGAUGGGAAAUCCCGGAGACAAUUUUCUAUUCAAAAAUCUUGGAAACGGAUCAUUUGUAGAUAUUGCUGAACAGGCAGAGAUUCAGGACAAAUAUAAUAAUGCAAGAGGAAUAAGUUUAGGAGAUUUUAACAGAGACGGAUUACUGGAUAUUGCCUAUGGCAACUGGGCUGGCCCACAUAGACUGUUUAUGCAAUAUAUAUCAGCCUCUGGGGUUAGGAAAUUUAAGAAUGUUGCCACAGGAGAUUAUGCUGUUCCUACAAAAAUCCGCACUGUUAUUGCCGCCGAUUUCGACAACAACGGGGACACUGACAUAUUCAUGAACAACAUCUGUAGCCACCGAGAUCCAAAUGACAGGGAGCCUAAUAAAUUAUUCACUAUUGUACCUAAUCCAGUAAAUAACAGUAAUGAUCCUGUCAUCCGUAAAAUUGACAUCGGACAGGCUAAAGAGCCGCGGGGGUUCGGAACGGGGGCAGCGAUAACGGACAUGGAUGGAGAUGGUUUACUAGACCUUCUGGUGUCACACGGGGAAAGCAAAACACAGCCAUUACAAGUGUACAAGGUAAAUCGUCAACUUGCUAAAGAUUCGACCGGGAAAAGAAAUAAGUGGGUGAGGGUGUUCCCCCGUACCAAAUACGGGGCACCGGCCCGAGGGGCCCACGUAAAGUUAACUACCCGGUCAGGGAAGGUUUACAACAGUGUUAUUGAUGGAGGAUCAGGGUAUCUCUGCCAAAUGGAGCCCAUUGCACACUUCGGAAUCGGGGAGGAUAAACCACAAAGACUUGAAGUUCAGUACCCAGAUGGGGUCAUUGUGACGGUUGCGUUGAGGAAGUCAGAUAAAAAUAAAAUUCAUUAUGUGGACCAUCCUAAUAAAGUGUCUCAAUAGCUAUAAAUACAUGUAUAUCAAAAUAUUUAUAUAAAACAGGAUUGAAUCUCGUACUUUUUAAAUUAUUUAUAUAUCUUAUUAACUACUCUAACUAUAACCAUUUAUUUUUUUUGCAAUAAAACUGCCAUUUCUUUUACAAAUACAAGUAAUCUGAAAUGUAUGAAUACAAUUUUAUGUUGGUUUCGUUUUCUGGUCAUGCAAAUUGUUGAUUGUUUAUAUAUAAAUGUAAUUGUGAUGAAUAUUUUCAAGGAACUUUUAUUAGUUCAUGUGCAUAUAAAAACGAAAUCGUUAUCAACAUAUUGAAUAUGUUUUCGUGAUAAUACAGGUAUUGAUACGGGUGUUUUAUUGUCAAUGGAUCUCAAUGAGAAAUUGUUUUAUAGACAAAUUAAAAUUGGAGAAAGAGUAUGA